AUGCCAUCUUUACCCAGCACACGAUACGCUGGACUUAUCAACCUUACCAAGCCGGAUGAUCCACAAGCAGAGGACUAUAUGGUCUUCCGUGCGGGUAUCUUGCCUCCGAGCGAGAACAUCAAGGUACCCCUAUACGAUAUGCGAGAUGAAGUAAAGCAGUCAGACGGCUCAUGGCUCCCAGCGGCUCAGCAGCUCGACCAAUCUGGAUUCGCUUGCUCGCAGGAUCCCUCGGCUUUUGACGAAGAGGCUCUCAGUACCCCAGAAGGUGUCGCGGGUUAUCUGGAGGAGACAGUCAAUCGCAUUCGCCGUAACGAUCCUACCCCACCUGCUGUCGCCGCCGAGAUCUUACAGUACAAAGUGGAAGAGGGAUUCGUUCCUAAGACAAUGCCACGACCGAUAGCUCGGAAUGCGCAUUGCGAUCAGACCUAUGGGGAGGAUUGUUUUGAGAAGUACUCUCGUGGACAGAUCGUCAACCUCUGGCGACCCUUGGUUAAAGUGACAAAUGCUCCGUUGGCCGUGAUGGAUUACCGCACCUUAGAAGUGGACAAAGACGUCGGUGUUCACGCCUCGGCUUUUGGUCCUCUUUAUCACUUUUUCCAUAACGAACAACAAAAAUGGUACUACAUUCCAAACCAAACGCCCAGUGAUGCCCUUUGGAUCCGAUGCUUCGAUUCGAAGAAGGGGACUGCAGCCUAUGCCCCGCAUGUUGCUGUGCAGGAAACGUGGGGCGAUGAAGUGCCCCCGGAAGAACAACAGACCCGUGUUAGCAUUGAGGUCAGGCUAUUCCUGUUCUUUGAAUGA